GGCUUCGCGAUUUAAAGAUGGCCGCCAGUUGAGAAGUGCGCAGUGGAUACGAUGUGUGGAUGUUUGCUUUGGAAUUUGGAUAUCGCUCGUCUCGUCUCGCGGCAGUGAGUUCGCGUCAUCCCGUAUCCAAGGCGGUCAGCCCGACUCUUUCCGAAAUCGCGACUGCGUCAGAUAGAGGAAAAACGAUCGCGCUCGGAGAAAUGGGCCGGUCGCGUUCCCGAUCGAAAUCGCCGAGCAGACGGCGUCACAAGAGCAAGCACUCGCGCAAGCGGUCCAAGUCGCGCGAGAAGCACUCCAACAACAAGUACUCGGACAAGCCGAAGGAGCGCAGCUCCAAGUCCAGAAAACGAUCCCAUUCCGCGUCGUCCAGCACUGGUACGGAUGUAUCAGAUGAUGUGCACAUCGUCAGUCACAAGAAACGUUCGUACAGGGACAGGGAUCGAAAGAUGGACGAGGUGGAAAGGCUUGCGGAAAUGGAGCGGCAAAGGAAAAAGAAAGAAUUAAUGAACAAAAUCUUCACUACGAGCUCAGUUGGUGUUCUGGAAGAAGAUCGCUGCUUAUCUGUCUGCAGACGUCAACGCGAGGUGGAACAAAAAAUGGUAGAAGAAGAAGCAGCCAAACGUAUAGAAGAGCUUGUACAAAAGAGGGUAGAAGAGGAGCUUGAGAAACGUAAGGAAGAAAUUGAUGCAGAGGUGCAAAGGCGGGUGGAAGAAGCCAAGAGGGCUAUGGAGCGUCAAAUGAUGGAGGAAAUGGAAUGGAGACAAGCAAAACUACGAGAGGAGGAGAAACGAAGAGAGGUGUAUGAGCGGAAGAAGCGCGAGGAACUAGAGAGGAUUAUGGAGGAGAACAACAGAAAGAUAGAGGAGGCUCAGAAGAAAUUGGCUGAGGAAAGGUUGGCCAUGGUUGAAGAACAACGAUUAAUGGAAGAAGAAAGGCAAAAAAUGAGAAAGGAACAUGAAAAGCGUGUUAAGGAAGAGCAAAAGAGGAUCUUAGGCAAAAAUAAUUCAAGGCCUAAGUUAUCUUUUACAUUAAAAUCGGUUACGUAAGUUUAGUAUUUGUAUUGUUUCAUGCAGUUUUACAUGUGAUAUAUACACGAAAUCUUGUCAUCUUUCGUACUUGAUUCGCGAGAAUAGUUAUUAUAAACUGUAUCUAUGUAGGUAUAUAAGUAUACUUAUAUAGAUACACAGAUAAGUGCUGUAAUAUAAGAUACAAAGCUCACCCUAAUGUAUUCAAAUGUUUGUUGAAGUCAUACAAGAUGGAAUUUUAUUUAUGAUUGAUGAUAGAAUACAUCAAAAUUAAAUAAUCAGUUCUCAUCUUGUGAGAUUUCAACACAGAUACAGAUGGGAUUUCAUGUUAUGAGAUUAUGCUAAUAUCAGUAUGAACGAAUAUAAGUUUGUAAUGUAAAAUUAUCGCACUUUGUACAUCAUACUUUUGUGUGUAAUUAAUUCGUUUUAUCUGAUAUAAGCAUAUUCUAGCUUGUUUAGAUGUGUUCCAUGAUUUAUACAUAUGCUAUUUGUACAUCAUAGGUCCUCUAUUCUAUUAUUUUAUAUAUCAUUUCGAUAUAUAAAAAUCUGUUUUAUUUCAGUAAAAUAAAUCGUAUAUAUCACAUUAGAUCAUGUUGCAAUAAUAGUAAAUUGAUUGUUUAUACAGUUAAAUUGACCGAAUGGAAUUUGUUAAUGGAAGAUACCGUUCACAUUAUUUCCCUUUUUUAAACAGUUAUUUUUUAUGAACAACCUCCACGAUAAUAUAUGUUCGCAAUGAUUUUAUUGGAAGUACUGUAAACACUGGACGACUCUAUUUUAUAAUUAUAUUAAGAUUAUAUACUAUCUAAAUAAUGUACAUUAUUUUGAUCUGACGCAGAAUAUAUUCUGCAAAAUGGAACGAUAUAUGUUUUACGAUAAAAAAAUCAAAUGAACUAACAUAACGAUUUAAAAAGUUGCAAAAGUGAUUUUGUACGUGAAUAAUGAAUGUGGACACGUGAGGCGCGACAUAAUCCUAUAUACGUUAACCGUGUAAUAACGUGUAUGCAUUGUUCCGUAAAAAGAAAAACAUUUUGUCUAUACAGGAUUGUAUACCUAUAGCAUUGUUAUUUGUAACAUAAACACGUUUUUAAUAAAUCAUUACUCUUUGAGUUUUUCAUUUACCAUGCGUUAGGCAACAUAUAAUAUAAAAAAAGGAAAAUGUUUUUUACACAGGUUUUGUUUACACAGAGUGAUUUAUGAUAUUUUGUUUAUAUGUUAAUAUACGAAAUUAUUUGCGUUAUAUCUAACCGAUUAUGAUAGAGACAGUUCUUUGCGAUAUAGACUUUCUGACAGAUGAAUUUCAGCAAUGUUGUUUUAUACAG